CCCGCCCAGCCUAUGCCUUCCGCACGUCGCCCUGUCGCGCAGUCCGUGCCUCGCCAAAACGAGCUGCGUGACUUCCCCGACCUCUCCGCGACGGUAAGACCCCCACCCGCCCCCAUCUCUAGCGCGGGGGGCCCCUUCUUCCGCAACGCAGUCUCUCUUCCCUCUUCCCCCACCCUGGGCGAAAAGUUCAUGAUCUCCUCGUCCAGAGUCGUCCGCCUCGUCGACGUCCGCUCGACGCCUACCAACCUUCUCUGGAACCUCUUUACGCACGCCUGCAGUCAGAACAAAAUUGCCACACCGACCCCUAUGUUGGCUCAUUCCGACUCUGGCUCUGCCAACACCCUUUCUGGCGGUAUCUGGGCGGUCUUUUCGACCCACGAGGACGCUCGCGCCGCGCUCAACCUCGGCUGCGACAUCUUCUCCGUCUCCCCGGCGCUCGAGUCUGACCUCGCCAUGCAUCCCUCCCUCAGGCGUCUCAACUUUGACCAUGCCGAGCGCGAGGUUCCUCCGCGCCUUGCUGGCGGCUUCUUGCCUCCGCUCACUAUCCCGGACACCUCGCGCGACAUCUAUUCCACCGGUGGCCCUCGUUCGCCAUUUCACAACGCGCCGCCCGGUCCGAACAUGUACAACGAGCCGCCGUACACCAUCUCCAGCAACCCGCCGAACCCGAAGACCAGUUUCCGCGCGGGCGACUGGAUGUGUUCCGCUCCCAACUGCAGCGCGCACAACUUCCAGCGAAACAUCUCAUGCAUCGUCUGUGGACGCCCUCGUUCCGGCGGCGCUCCUCCGCUCUCCAUCGACGUCGUGCACCCGCCUAACUACCCGCUCGCGAACCCCUCUCCCCGAUUUGCGCCGCGCUACAACGGUAUCCAGAGCGCGCCGCAAACGCCACUCACGACUCUGCCCUCGCCUAGUCCGUCAUCGAACUUCAACUUCAACGGCCCAGCCAGCGCAGGGCCACACCCGCCGAUGCACGGACAGCUGCCUUCGAAGGCCCCUCCGCCGCAGUACCCGCCGCUUACUCCGUCCGGGCGUUCCCUCAGUGUCGGUGGCCGCGUUCGCAACGUCUCGCGCGACCCGCUGGCGCCGUGCGUCAUGUACUGGCCGGACAACGAACCGACGCCCGAGCCGUGCCAGAUCCGCCCAGUCGACUCCGCUCUCAUGACAUUCCCGCCGAUCAUCAACACGGGCAACAAGGGCGCGGCGGAGAAGCAGCCUGGCGACUGGCUCUGCGGGAAGUGCAACUACCACAACUGGCGGCGCCGCAAGGUCUGCCAGACGUGCUUCCCUUACGCCGAAGGAAACGGAGACUCCAUCUCUGCCGCCGUCCAGGCCGAACGUAUCGCGCUCCUCGCGAACGUCCUCGCGACGCAGUUCAACGCGCUCGAGAUUGAUGGUCUCCCCGCUUCAUCGCCCUCCGCCCCGCCCUCGCAGCAGCAGCAGCAGUCCAACAACGCCCCGCCUUUCCAGGUGCGCAUGAACGCCGGCAUGGGCAUGGGCAUGCACGGCCCCAAUGACGCCUUCCUUCGCCGCGAUAGCCGUGACUCUUCGCCCAACUCCGACCAUUUCCCACUCCUCCCGCCGCUGUCGCUCGCUCAGCAGGAGCACGAACACGAGAAAGACGCGCUCCCGAUCUACCAAACCUCGGGCGGACGCAGCGCUACGCAUCCUGGCAUCGCCCAGCGCGGCAUCGGCAUGUCUAUGCACGCCCCGCGUUUCGCUUCUGGCCCGCUCAUGACUUCGAGCCCCGUUGCGACGCGCACGCUCCUCCCCUCGUUCCUGCAGGACAUCGUGCACUCCCCUUCCCUCUCGCCGUCGUCGGCUUCGUCCUCGUCUGCAGACCUCUCUUUCGACGGCUCCUCCGAGGACGCCCACUACGCCUCAUCGUCCGGCACCUCCGCCCACUCGCACUCGCACGCCCACGCCCAGGCACACGGGCUCACGCACCCCGCCGUCGGUCAGCAGCAGCAACAGCAGCAACAGACCCUGUACGGCACCAGUGCGCACAACGCGAGCAACUCCUCCUUCCACUCGCUCGCCGGACGCAACAACGCCAACGUCCCGAGCUCGAUCUGGCGGCUCGACGGCGAGGAGAGCCGCACGCUCUCCGGCCCCAGUCCGACGACGUCGGGCCCGUCUAGUGCUGGGCCCACGCCUGCUCCUUACAACCGCCCGUCGCCGCCCCACGCGCCUUCUACUGCUACUGCGAACGUGCACGUGUACGCUGGGGUGAAGAGCCCUGGAGGCAGCAGCACGACGACGACCACUAGUCCGCGCACAAGCGACGCGACGCCCAAAAGUACGAACGACUUCUGGCAGGUCCGGUACAACUAAGCUAUCAUAUCUAAUCUGGAACGUGUAGGAAAACCAAAUGUAUUGCGCGGACGCCGACCACUGGCCACCACUUGUUGUGCACUCACUCACCCGCCGACCCGGCCCCUCUGAACUGUAUCUACCAUCUUGCUUCCUCUCUCGCCUCUCUCGCCGGAUCCUUCCUUCCCGUCCCGUCCCUAUCUUUCUCCCCCUGUCGUUGCGCGCCCGCCGUCUCGCUUUCGCAGACGUUCGCCAAGGGCCCCUGUGUCGGCGCGCGGCCCCACGCCCACGCCGUCGCCCACGGCCUGCCCCACGACAGCCCCCGUCGCUUCGCACACCUCGCUCGCCUCGACGGCCGUGAGUGCGCUCGACGCGCACCCUUCCCUUCCCGCCCACUCGCCCUCGGACCCGGACGGCGGAGCCCCAACCCUCACAAAUCAAAAACAGAAAACGGAACCCUAGUAAAUACGUGUACACCCUGGUAGCAUCACGAUGGACCCCGACUGCCCCCCUGCCCCCGACCCUUACAUCUACAUCUAGUCGUAGUAGUGUGCCGCAGUAGCCGGCCGAGAGACUCUUGCUGCAUGUUGCUUGUUGCUGUUGUGAACGAACGAACGAUCCCGCUGGCGCACGGAGGAUGGAAUAAAAUAUGGCGCCGCGCGUGCUUAUUUAUC